CAUGUAAUGUCUUUCAAUGAUGUCUGCAGAUGUUAAAGAAGAGGCUCCUGAAGAACAGAGUCCUGAUAUGGACCAGCAGGAGCUGGAGCUCCUCCACAUAAAGGAGGAAAGUGAAAGAAUCUGGGCCAGCCAGGAUGGAGAGCAACUGAAUGUGAAGAAGGAGACUGAUGAUACCAGGUUUCCAGUAACUGUUGUUCAUAUGAAGAGUGAAGAGGAUGAAGAGAAACCUCUGUUCUCUCAGCUUCAUCAACACCAGACAGAAGACAGAGAUCUUCCAAGCAGCAGCUCAACUGACCAGAUAAAAGCAGAAAUUAAAGUAGAGGACUGUGGAACAGCAGAAACCAUCAUAAACCCAGAUCUAAAUACUCAUGGAGGCUCUUCCAACUAUUCACUGACUAAUGACGGUGAAGAUGAUGAAGAGGAUGUGAAGCAUCAUGAAUCUGAGCUUAAACAUUUGUCAGUCUCUGAAACUGAAGACAGUGAGGAGGACUGGAAGGAGAGCAGGACUCCAGGAUCAGGCAGAAACACUGUCAACAAAUCUUUGAGCUGCUCUGAGUGUGGAGGAAAAUUUGCUAACAGACGCUCUCUUCAGAGUCACAUGACAUGUCAUCCAAGAUUAACGUCUUCAGAUUGUUCCGAUAAUGAGACUUGUUUCAGAGAAAAGAAAAUUAUAGAUUCACUGACAAAUGUCCAGAAAGGUAGUAAAACGUUUAAUUGUGGUGAGUGUGGUCAAGGUUUUACCAGGAAAUAUAAUUUAAAGCAACACACAAAAAUCCAUAUGGGGGAGAAACCCUUUAGUUGUGAUGCAUGUGGAAAAAGAUUUGUCUACAAGUCAAAUUUAAACAUACACUUGAGAAUCCACACAGGAGAUGAACCUUUUGGCUGUGAUGCAUGUGGAAAACGAUUUGCAGUCAAAUCAAAAUUAAACACACACAUGAGAAUUCACACAGGAGAUAAACCUUUUAGUUGUGAUAUAUGUGGGAAAAGAUUGUGCUACAAGUCAGUUUUAAAAAACCACAUGAGAAUUCACAAAGGAGACAUACCCUUUGGUUGUGAUGCAUGUGGAAAAAGAUUUGUGCAGAAGUCAACUUUAGAUAAACACAUGAUAAUUCACACAGGAGACAAACCCUUUGGUUGUGAUGUAUGUGGAAAAAGAUUUUGCUACAAGUCAGUUUUAAAAAGCCACAUGAGAAUUCACAAAGGAGACAAACCCUUUAGAUGUGAUGUAUGUGGAAAAAGAUUUUGCUACAAGUCAGUUUUAAAAAGCCACAUGAGAAUUCACAAAGGAGACAAAACCUUUGGUUGUGAUGUAUGUGGAAAAAAGUUUUGCUACAAGUCACAAUUAAACACACACAUGCAAAUUCACACAGGAGAUAAACCUUUUGGUUGUGAUGCAUGUGGAAAAAGAUAUGUCUUCAAGUCACAAUUAAACACACACAUGAGAAUCCACACUGGAGACAAACCCUUUGGUUGUGAGGCAUGCGGAAAAGACUUUGUGCGGAAGUCAUAUUUAAACAAACACAUGAGAAUUCACACAGGAGACAAACCUUUUAGUUGUGAUGCAUGUGGAAAAAGAUUUGCCUGGAAGUCAUAUUUAGACAAACACAUGAGAACUCACACAGGAGACAAACCUUUUAGUUGUGAUGCAUGUGGAAAAAUAUUUGCUUUGAAGUCAUAUUUAGACAAACACAUGAGAAUCCACACAGAAGACAAACCCUUUGCCUGUGAUGCAUGUGGAAAGAGAUUUUCCUGGAAGUCAAAUUUAGAUAGACACAUGCGAAUCCACACAGGAGACAAACCUUUGCUUGUGACACAUGUGGAAAAAGUUCUGCUUCAAAAUCAUAUUUAAACAAACACAUGACAAAUCCACACAGGAGAGAAAAAACAUUUGGUUCAGAUACUUGUGGCAACUUCUUUGCCUUCAAGUCAUCUUUAAACAUACACACAAGAAUCCAAACUGGAGAGACACUUUUUUGAUGAAAUAAAAGAUAAACCCUUUGCUGGUUAUUAUUGUUAAGCAUAAUUUAAGACCCUCUUUACACCAUAUUGUGUAGGUCCCAGGAAGCAAUGUUUUUCCACGUCUGUUAUCAGUUUAGCUAGCCAAUAGUGGCAGAUUCGUGUAAGUCCCAGUUGCUUGUGCUGAAAAGCAGCAGCAGCUCGCUUAUUUAGUUUGCCUAGGAGUGGAUAUUCACCAGAUAGUGGUGGUGAAAAAGUGUUUGCCACUUAAACCUAAUAACUGGUUGGGCUAACCCUCAACAGCAACAACUGCAAUAAAGCGUUUGCUAUAACAUGCAAUGAGUCUUUUACAGCCCUAUGGAGGAAUUUUGGUCCACUAAUCUUUGCAGAAUUGUUGUAAUUCUGCCACGUUGGAGGGUUUUUGAGCAUGAACACGCUUUUUCUCAGUUAAGAUUGUAAUACAGUUUUAAAGUCACACAUUAACUGUGACUGUCUUAUCUUUUUUAGAAGUAGAAAACUACAAGUAUAAUCAAAACAACAUGUAUGAUGAUUUUCUAUUUUUCUACAAUUAUUAAAUGUAAUGAAGAGGGGUAAUGUUAAUCAAUUGUGAUGUAUACAUAAAAGUGAAGUGAUGGGUUUUUUUUUUUUAGCUGUAACUGGUAUGAGAGCAAGAAGCAGAGAAAUACUGUGUUAGAAAGCUUGAGGCUGAGCAGAUAAGGAGGGCACCAUGGCUUGGGAGCCAGAGGCGGCAGAGACAUAACAUUAGGAUGGGAGGGGCAGAGCCAGCUCACGGGAACUGGGCAUGGAUGGAAGGUCAACGAGCAAGCUCAAGUCAUAACAAGCAUGGGAGCGAGAAACGAGAAGCCAGGUUUAUGCUGUUUUCAUCUGUCUGAAAUUCGAAAAACAGGCAAAAGUCAUCGGACCAGGAUGGGAGUGGGAGUCAUGAAGGUCAAAAAACAGGCAAAAGUCAUAACACAGGGAGCCAGCUGGGGGCUGUUUAUGACUCUGUCUACGGAGGCCAAGAGACAGCACCAAAAAGUCACGGCGACCAUGCAACUCAAUGAUGGGAUAGCUUGCCCGGCAACAGGGGAUGAGCAGUGAGGCUAUCUGCACUAUUAAAACUGUGCCAAAGAAAGAAACGGGGUUGUUUCCUCGCAGAAGACCAGCAAACAAGAUCGGACGAAGAAAGAAGCUACAGAUGAAUCAGAAGACCGGAGACGCAGCCCCGCUGACAAUUCUGCAUUAUAGAGAGGACAACUGAAGUGAACUUGGUCAGUGAACAACUGAUUGCUCUAAGUUUCAGGCUUCUGGAAAUCCUGAACCAACCGCAAUUACACCUCAAAGGUUUCCUUCAACUAUUCAGGCUCUGGAAGCUACCGACUUUUGAAACAUAUGCCAACAAAGAUUCAGUUUUUUAAAUUGAGAAAAAAUUUUUUUUCAACUUUGCCAUCGAAACCCCGAGCAUCAGCGCCUGUCCACUUAGAGGAAGAAAACUGAAGAUUUGCCCCUCAUCCAAGAAAACAAUCACUUGUGGCCUAUUGAAGAAAUCACUCCAGUCGGAUCCAUGGUGAGCCUCCGUCUCCAAAGCCUCUUCAGCCUUACCAGUUUCAGCAUUAGGGAAAGAUAGGUUAAGUUGAUUGAUUUAUUUGUAUCAUUCAAUUUUGCUGAUUGUUAAUCUGUUACUGACACCUGCAAAAUUAAACAAAGCAUGUAAAAUUCUA